UUCGAUAAUGUGGACCCUGCUUUAUACAUAUAUAUUAUUAAAUUGCCACCUGAUCACGCCGACGCCCAGUCGUUCACGCAAUCUCGAAGACGAGUCACGACUCGAGUCGGAUUUUACCACAAUUAUCACAAUGAUGGAAUCGAAAAAACGUCUCAGGCAAAGAGGGUUUCGCUCGGACUUGGUGGCACUUUGGUGGAACAUCCAGAUGAGCCGAAGCGAAGUGGUUGGUCCAACCAGAUCGAAUUUGUUCUAUCCUGCAUCGGGUAUGCCGUUGGCAUCGGCAAUGUUUGGCGUUUCCCUCUCUUCAUAUAUCGCAAUGGCGGUGGUGUCUUUUUGAUACCUUUCAUUAUCAUGCUGUUUACAAUGGGUCUGCCUAUAUUCUUCCUCGAACUUUGUAUGGGUCAGUAUUCUGGACUGGGACCCAUAAAAGCUUACAGCCGUAUGGCGCCUGCGUUUCAUGGUCUAGGCUAUUGCACGUUGGUCGUCAUUUUACUAGUGAUGGUGUACUACAUGAUAAUCGUCGCAUGGACUUUAUUCUACAUUUUCGCUUCUUUCUUUCCAAAACUCAAGUGGGCGUACUGCGAUAAUGAUUUUAACACGAACGAUUGUUAUAGCGGCCUUGAGGAUGCAUUAUGCCAAAAGGAUAUUGACUCACACUCUAUAUUUUACAACAAAAGCUGUAUGGCCAUCGAUGUUGUCUGUUCUCAUUUUGGUUACAACCGUGGCGGCAAUAUCACUCAUUGUUUCAAAAAUAACGGCGAGGCGAAAGCAUUCAUUGAUAUCUACAAUCGGACAUUGUCAUCCGAAGAAUACUUCAGAGACUACGUUCUUGGUAUACGCGGUGCCACAUGGGAGAACUUCGGUGACAUAAGAUGGGAAUUGUUCGGAUGCCUCACUUUAGCUUGGCUAGUGUGCUUCCUCUGUCUAGCACGCGGCAUCCAGACCAUCGGCAAGGUUGUCUACUUCACCGCCCUCUUUCCCUACGUUAUUCUCACAGCUCUGCUAAUACGAGGUGCUACGUUAGACGGCGCCGAUGAAGGCGUUCUGUGGUAUAUCAUGCCCAACUUUACGAUGCUGAAAGACGCCAAGAUGUGGGCGGAUGCCGCCUCUCAAGUCUUUUAUUCGCUCGGUAUCGGCUGCGGAUCUUUGGUCACCCUCGCGAGCUACAGCAACUUCAGCAACAAUUGUCACAGGGAUGCUAUUUUCGUCACUUUCACGAAUCUAUUUACGUCCAUUUUCGCUGGCUUCGCAAUAUUCUCGAUACUCGGAUUCCUAGCCCGGCAGAUGCAAAUGCCGAUCGACAAGGUGGUUCAGAGCGCGGAGGGAUUGGCUUUUAUCGCUUACCCAGAGGCAGUGGUGCGGAUGCCGUUGCCGAAUCUCUGGGCCAUUCUGUUCUUCUUCAUGCUCUUCAUACUCGGUCUCGGUAGCCAGUUUGCAGGUGUGCAAGCGAUAAACACCGCCAUACUGGACAAGCGUCCGGAUUUACGAAAACAUGAAGGCCUUGUGAUAUUGGGAAUAUGCGUUGCCUGCUGGCUUCUAGCGAUUCCGAUGGUGUUCGACGGCGGUAUCUACUUGUUCAAACUAAUGGACUGGCAUACCGCCUCGUGGGCUAUUCUAUUGAUCGGCUUUGCCGAAAUCGUUGUGCCCGCCUGGUUCUACGGAUGCAACAAAUUCCUCAAUAAUCUUGCUGAAAUGAAAAUGAGAUUUGGUCGCUUUCUCCGCGGCUAUUGGUGGUUAUGCUGGGUAGUUCUUGCGCCUCUUACUUGCUUGGGAGUCUUUGGAUAUCAAUUAGGACAAACCGACUUUCAAGGGAGUUACGGUUCGUAUAUAUUUCCCGCCUGGACGGGCGUAAUUGGAAUUGGAAUCGGAUUGGCAACGUUACUGCCAUUGCCAGUCUUCUUCUUUGCGAAAGUCUGGGAGUUGAAGAUCUUAUUUCAACCCUCGCCCUUGUGGAAAGCAGCCGAACAGAAAAAUAUACUAGAUAAUGACAGCGUCAGCACUGCGGUGAUCAAUCCGGCCUACGUUUCUUCAGAUAAGGUUUAGAAUUCUUGUAUACGCGGUAAACUGUAUUUUCAAUAAGAAAUCCCGAAAUAUAGAUUAUUUCCUAAUGUAA